CGUUUUCAACAUCGGGAGUCACCAUGACACCAGAAUCAACCAAAGACACAAUGGAAACAACUACAGCUAUGUCCUCAGGUGUAACAGAAACUUCAACCAGUACCUCGCCGGAAACAAGUCCCUCACAACCUUCUACGAUUACCAGUGAGCCUGCCACUACAAAUGAACUAACUUCAGCAGUCACAGACGGGCAAAUAUCUUCCACAACCGUUGGACUCUCAUCUACCCAGAGAACUGAAAGUACAACUGCAGACCCAACUGUCUCCACAACUGCAGCGGGAACGACCCCUGAAGAACACACAACAACGUUAGAAAUGACAACAAUUUCAGCUGAAGCAUCUACCACUGUUACACAAGAACCAUCAGCUAGCCCGGAGACUGUAACAAGCCUGUCUCCCACAAUUACUUCUGAUCACACAUCAGUGCCCUCUGAUAUUACAAGUGAGUCAUUACCUAGCACUGCUGGUACCUCAACAUCAAGUGAGAAAUCAACAACUUCUGAAGCAAACACAUCUGCUGAAGAAUCGAUAGCGACCUCAGCUAGUUUAACAAGUGCAACUGUGGAAGCUACGUUUUCAACAUCGGAAGUGACAAUGACACCAGAAACAGCCAAAGACACAAUGGAAACAACUACAGCUAUGUCUUCAGGUGUAAGAGAAACUUCAACCAGUACCUCGCCGGAAACAAGUCCCUCACAACCUUCUACGAUUACCAGUGAGCCUGCCACUACAAAUGAACUAACUUCAGCAGUCACGGACAGGCAAACAUCUUCCACAACCGUUGGACUCUCAUCUACCCAGAGAACUGAAAGUACAACUGCAGACCCAACUGACUCCACAACUGCAGUGGGAACGACCCCUGAAGAACGCACAACAACGUUAGAAAUGACAAGUAUUCCUGCUGAAGCAUCUACCACUGCUGCACAAGAACCAUCAGCUAGCCCGGAGACUGUAACAAGCCUGUCUCCCACAAUUACUUCUGAUCACACAUCAAUGCCCUCUGACGUUACAAGUGAGUCAUUACCUAGCACUGCUGGUACCUCAACAUCAAGUAAGGCAUCAACAACAACUUCUGAAGAAAGCACAUCUGCUGAAGAAUCAACAUCGACCUCAGCUGGUUUAACAAGUGCAACUGUGGAAGCUACGUUUUCAACAUCGGAAGUGACAAUGACACCAGAAACAGCCAAAGACACAAUGGAAACAACUACAGCUAUGUCUUCAGGUGUAAGAGAAACUUCAACCAGUACCUCGCCGGAAACAAGUCCCUCACAACCUUCUACGAUUACCAGUGAGCCUGCCACUACAAAUGAACUAACUUCAGCAGUCACGGACAGGCAAACAUCUGCCACAACCGUUGGACUCUCAUCUACCCAGAGAACUGAAAGUACAACUGCAGACCCAACUGACUCCACAACUGCAGUGGGAACGACCCCUGAAGAACGCACAACAACGUUAGAAAUGACAAGUAUUCCUGCAGAAGCAUCUACCACUGCUGCACAAGAACCAUCAGCUAGCCCGGAGACUGUAACAAGCCUGUCUCCCACAAUUACUUCUGAUCACACAUCAAUGCCCUCUGACGUUACAAGUGAGUCAUUACCUAGCACUGCUGGUACCUCAACAUUAAGUAAGGCAUCAACAACAACUUCUGAAGAAAGCACAUCUGCUGAAGAAUCAACAUCGACCACAGCUGGUUUAACAAGUGCAACUGUGGAAGCUACGUUUUCAACAUCGGGAGUGACAAUGACACCAGAAACAGCCAAAGACACAAUGGAAACAACUACAGCUAUGUCCUCAGGUGUAACAGAAACUUCAACCAGUACCUUGCCGGAAAGCCUGUCUCCCACAAUCACUUCUGGGCACACAUCAGUGUCCUCUGACGUUACAAGUGAGUCUCUAACAAACACUGCUGGUACCUCAACUCCAAGUAAGGCAUCAACAACUUCUGAAGCAAACACAUCUGCUGAAGAAUCGAUAGCGACCUCAUCUAGUUUAACAAGUGCAACUGUGGAAGCUACGUUUUCAACAUCGGGAGUGACUAUGACACCAGAAUCAACCAAAGACACAAUGGAAACAACUAUAGCUAUGUCCUCAGGUGUAACAGAAACUUCAACCAGUACCUCGCCGGAAACAAGUCCCUCACAACCUUCUACGAUUACCAGUGAGCCUGCCACUACAAAUGAACGAACUUCAGCAGUCACGGAAGGGCAAGUAUCAGCCCCAACCAUUGGACUCUCCUCUACCCAGAGACCUGAAAGUACAACUGCAGACCCAACUGACUCCACAACUGCAGCGGGAACGACCCCUGAAGAACACACAACAACAUGUAACCAGGACUACUGGUACCUAGGCUCCGACUGCUACGGUCCUAUCCUGAAGAGGGACCUCUAUGCCGCGUUACUGACCCUGGCAGGACUGGUGAUAGCAGCCGUGGGGGUCGUGGUGGUCUACGUGCCCUGGCAUAGACGACAAUUACAUAGGGUGAAAGACAUCCAUACUGAACAAGUUAACCAGUGGCUGGAGGAAGACUUUGAAUGGCCCAACAGGCCAAAUACAGGUGGCCACUUGGUUGGUUCAAGUAGUACCACAGUCCUAACAGAGAAUGAGCCUAACCCACCUUAUGGUGGCCGAGUGGGCUUGCAGUACGACGCAGAGAGAGAUUCCCUGUCAUCCUCCAGUACAAGGCUGCCAUCUCCCUACCAUGGAACACAGGCACAGGUGUCCAGGAGGAGGUCUGAGACCAUCUGCCGUGACUACAGUUCCUGGGGCGCUGAUAGGGACGCCAUUCAAGUCAUACAGACUACUGCCACCUCGUCAGGGCAACAUUUUACAAUGAGUGACCCUGGCAGCCAAUCAGAGCUUAGGAUCAGCAUACCGGAGAUAAGGACUUACUCUGAGAUCUAGUGGGACACCUUCAACUCUUAAACAGAAUUGGACAAAGAAGAGGAUAAUACAUUUAAAGAAGUGUUUCUCAUUGACCAACGGAAUAAAACAGACAGAAAAUGUAUCUCUAACGGACAGUCUCCUCUUUGGGAGCCGAAGCCUGAAUAACGGUUGCGGGACAAUGCUUUAUUAACACUACACAGGAUUGUCCAAAGAAGUGUGGUUUCCAUGGACUCACUGAUACAGGAGUAUGUGAAACCAAACCUCAGGUUCCUUAAUGGAAUAAUCUGCUCUCAACUCUAUUACCUAUCAGGAUAUCUAAGGAAACAACAUGUUUUAUAUGCUGUACUUCAGUGAUGCAUGUUUACAAUAAGUCUGCCCAAUGAUAUAUGUUACUUAUACCAGUUUACCAAUUAGCAUGGCUUGUUUUGCACUUUGGUACUACUUUGGUACUAAAACUAAUGAACGUAAAUAAUGUUGUAAUAUCACAUGUAUAUAAUAAUAUGGCCUAACAAUCUGUCUGUAUAUAGAACAGAUAUUGCACAGUGGUAGUUCUUACACACGCAAAACAUAUUUAAAAUGUGUACCAAAAACUAAGUUAUUUCCCAACUCAUUUUUGUAAACUGCAUAAUGUUAAACCAAUAAUACACUUGCAAAUUCUGUUUAAAAAAUAUAUAGAACAAUAAUCGCAACUGAUGAAGUUGGCAGUCAAAUGAACAAUGAAUGAAUGCCAAAGUGAGCCAUUUCUGAUCAAAUAAAUACUGCUGUAUUGUGACUGUAUAUCUCCUUCUUUACCAAUAAAGUGCUUACGAACAUUCUAUGAAAUCCUCAA